CGUAUCAUUUUCAUAUUGGAUUGGAGCUGCACAUUAUUUUAAUUUUGACAGCAAGGAUAAGAACUUUGCCUGUGACACUGUUACUCAUUUAACUCAUUCUGAUUCUAGAUCUACUACAUUAUUAUACAUACAGUGCAUAGGAUAGAUAGAUAUAUCUGUAAUUAUAUCGCUUGUUUCCAAAGGUGAUCAAGAGCCACACCAUGAAGAUUUUCAAUUGUGUUUACUUGCUUGCUUCUUGGGGUACUCUAAUGUAUGUGUGUGUUGCUGCAGCAGAAGACUACUACAAGAUUCUGGGAGUUAAAAAGGGUGCUUCAGACAAGGAGAUAAGGAAAGCCUUUAGAAAUCUAGCCCGUAAAUAUCAUCCUGAUAAAAAUAAAGAGAAAAGUGCUCAAGAAAAAUUUGUCAAGAUUGCUAAAGCUUAUGAAGUUCUCAAUGAUCCAGAAAAAAGGAAAAAGUAUGAUAUGUAUGGUGAUGAGGACAAUGCCGGAGGUGCUGGAGGCAGUGGUGGUGGGUUCCAGCAUGCAGACUUUACUCAGUUCUUCAAACAGUUUGAUGAGGCCAUGCACAACCACCAACGUGGCCACCACCAAAGACACCAACAAGCAAACAACAGGUUCCAUCACUUUAGUUCCUUUGGAGAUGGUGGCAGUUUCUUUGACUUUGACAGCUUGUUUAAUGAUGCAGAUGAGGAGGAGGACAUGUUCGGGACUUUUAGAGGUCACAGGCAUGCUAACCAUGGCAGGAACUUUAAUGGUGGCCACUUUGGCGGUGAUAUGUUUGAUGAAUUCUUCCAUGGCCAUAACAAGUACUCCAGAGAACAGAACACAGGCAACCAUUUCCACCACCAUAAUAUGCACCACAACAUGCACCAUAAUUUCCAUCACAAUAUGCAUCAGCAACAUUUUAACCAAAGACAUCAACAGAGAUGUUACCAAACAACACAACGAGUAGGCAACCAAGUGUUCACCUAUACACAGUGCUCCUAACUGUUAGAAGUAUCAACUUUCACUUUGUAAAUUUUCAGCAUUAAAAAAAAAAAAAUAAAAAAAAAAAAUACCAUCUAUGGCAAGUCAAGUAACACAUUGGGCAGGUCUCAAGACUUGUGUAAAUCAUUCUCAUUCCAAAACAUCUGUGAACAUCAUGAAACAAAAUGAUGACAUUGUAGUGUGCCUUUUCCUUCAUAACAUUUAAUGUGUUUUGUUUAUCUGAUGUUGUGGGGAGUCAUUCUGUUGAACUCUUCAACUAUUGUUUUUCUUUUGUUCUAAAAGUGUUGUUUUUUUUUUCAAACGAAGCAAUUUAUUUUGCCAGUCUCAGUGUACAUAAUACAAGAUUUAAUUUAUCUGUACAAGUUUGUGAAUAGUACUGAAUGCUACUCAUGUGUUUAUGCUCAUUUAUAUAGGUGUGUGUCUGCCAUGAAUGUGUGUGCAUUGUUAAUGAACUAUUGAAUUAGAGUAUUAGAAUUUUGAAAUCUGAUUCAGAGUACAUCUAAAUAAUAUAUUGCACUUGAAAAUUAACCUAAAAGUAUGUCAAUAAUUUGCAUUGCUUAAGUAUUAAACAGAAGCGUGUGAAAGCUUAUACAAGCAGAUGUCAACAAAUAAUGUUACCCCAAAAAAUUUGUCUUUUAAAUUUUAUUAAAAAAAAACAAAACAUGAUGUGUUCUACCAUAAAAUGUUGACUUGCAAAUUUGAUACAAAACUCAAUAAGCAUUACCUUAAUGGAGUUCGCUUGUAUACUUAUUGCCAUUUUCUGUAAAGAUGGAUAAGAGAUGAGCUGUUCAUUGGAUAACCAUGUUCAAGUGACUUGGUAGUAUUCAAACAUAUGUUUAAUAUAUAAAUUAUGUUCAUUGGUUCAUUUUGUUGAUCAAACCUUGGCUGCAAGGGUUCUACACUGCUUUUCAUUUUCUACAGCCAGACCUUGUGAUUACUGAUGAUCAGGGAUUUUUAAUACUGUACAUAGUCCUUAAUUAAUUGUGUAACUUUGAAACUGUUUGUGAUAAAAUAUAUUUAAAAAAAAACAGUUUUGAAUAUGUCAGUGAUUUUGAGGUUUGUUUUUUGAUACUUAUUAGCUUUUAUUUUACUAGGAUUUUUUUUUUAGAAGUAGUAGUUUAACAAAUUUAGUGGUGGUGGGAAAGUUUCUUUCAUUUUUAGAUCAACUUUGUUUUUGAAAAUGUUGUGUUUAUUAUGAAAUUGUGUUGAUGAUGAGUUUAGACUUGAAUAUAAUGUUUAGGUAAUUAAAAUGAUCCAAAAAAGUUCUUUGAAAAAAAUAAAAAUAGCAUAAUUUUUUUGUUCAUUUGUAAUAAAGUUUUAUUAAACUUAUUAAAAAAAACAAAAAAAAAAAACAAUUUAAUCUCUAAACACUGAAUGCAUUGUUGAUUGUACCGGUAUCUCCUUUUUUUUUUUAAUGAUUCAGUCUUUCAUUAUAAUAUGUAUUAUUUGUCUUCUCAAUAAAUGUCUGUACAUGUGUGUAUACUCAUGUUAUUAUUGAAUCUGAAACUUUUAUUACAAAAGAAAUACAAUUUACAAUUCACUAAUGUGACUGUAGUUUCCUAACAGAUGCACAGGCUGUCUUGCUGAAAUCCUUGACCUAUUGGUUUAGGGUCUAAUAGUUUGUUGCUUAUUUAGAUUGCAUCCUAUUUAACUGAAUGUUGGAAUUUAAGUUUGGAAAAAGUAAAAUUUGUUUUGACCUGUCAAGUAUGAGCUCAGCAUGAUCAUAAGAAAAACUUGGCAACCAAAGACAGCUUGUUCAAAACAGUGACCUAUUUAAAUUGGUGAGCUUCUGGUUCAUUGUAGUCUAAGCUUGUGCUACAGAUCCAGCGGAUACAGGAUUUGGUUAUCUUAGUAUCCUGGACUCAUUUCUUCUGCCAGUUUCUUUCUAAUUUUACCAGUUGUUGCUCAUACUUCCUACAAUACCUAAGACCAUUAGCAGUUCCAGGCCUGUUUGUCAACCAGAUGACAUUCAUCAUGUGAAUUGAACUCAAAAACAAAUUUUGCUGAGACCAAAAAAAAAUCCUAUUUUAUUUGAGAUUAUUAUUGAACAUCAUUAAACAUUGGUGUUAAGAUACAUAGUUGUGGUUAUAGUUUGCAUUAGAUGAAAGGUUUUCUGUAUAUAUAAACAUAAAUUGUAAACUUUUGUUUUUCUGUCAUGUGAAGGCUGGAUACACUUUACUGUCAAGACUUUUGUCAAGAGCAAAACAAUUUUAUGUCUUUCCUUUUCAAUGAUAUUUACAUGUAACACUAAGAUCUCUAUAUAUGUAUGUUUAAUGAAAUGGUAUGUCAUUAAAGUAGAUCUGGUGUGUAAACACAAUGAACUCAUCAAUGCAAGAUGUCAGUCUUAGCCAAAGGGCAUUGGUAGUAUCCACUUUAGUUUUUAUUUGUGGUAAAGUAGAUUGAAAAAUUGUAUUGAAACAUCUGUGGCUUGCAUUCUGUUAACACAAGUUGCCAGUCAUUGAACUUGAGAGGUUUGAGAUCAAGUUUGAUUCAUUGCUCUAAUCCUGCUAAUGUUUAUUUAUUGUUUUUUUUUUGUGACUUAAAUUUUAGAUGCAUUGUAAGUGGUCAAAUAGAAUUUUCUAAAAGUUAUUGGCAACUCGAGUAGAAAUUAUAAUAAUCGGAAUAGGAUACGGUUGUUAUGUUUCUGACAGCAUGUUUGUGCAGAUAAUGAGUUAUGUGUUUAUGCUUUAUGAUAUAAUAUUUUUCUGAAAUCAAACAAGUUUUGUGCAACACAAUAAAUCAAAGUGAAUCAAGGUGGAA